AUGAUCAUCGGUCAUAUCGGAUCCCAACGUAUGCUUAUAAGUCCCACACUUUGGGACCUGGGGCUAGCGAAGCAUGACUCAAUCGAAUGGGGCCAUUUCGAAUACCGCUUGAGAGAUCCCGAUCUGUACAAGGGGUUGAAAAUUGCUGUUACCAGGUACAACAGGUAUAUCAGGAGACAGCAACUUCCUCCGGAAACGCUCUUUCUAAGAGAUCCCCUCAAGAUCGCAGAGGUUGCAGGGCUCAUCAAGAAGACGAAAGCGCAGAGCUCGGAGCCAGCAAAGAAAAUUCUAGCUGUCAAGGAACAAGCAGUUUCAACCCAUACAAUGACCCUGCGCUCCCAAAAGCCCAAGAAUCGACGAAUUUAUAUUCCUUGCGACAUUUUAUGGAGCAUAAUCGACUUCCUACCAGAUCUUGCAGAUACCUCACGCCUGCUACAAGUCUUGCCACACUGGCAAGAGGUCAUUCCAAACGAACUCUGGAAGCGCCUCGUGGUGCGAUAUCUAGUUUUACAAGACGAGGAGCUCUCAGACGCCGAGGGAUUGGACUGGCGAUAUCUUUUCCUGCAUGCCGAUGAAUGGCUAAGCGGCUCGCACGGAUGGCGGAAUCGAAAGCGGAUCCUGGGCAUUCUCCAACACAUUAAGGCGCAGUUUCUGGAUCUGGUCCAAAAAGAAGUUGAGGAGGAACUUACAAUGGAAGCAAAAUAUUGA